AUGGCUAUCAGUCCAAAUGGGGCCCGGCUUAUGGUCUGGGAGAUUGUCUUCGCGGUGGUGACCACCCUCAUGAUGGGACUGAGGCUGUGGGCCAUCCGGAUCAGACGGUCGUCCAUUCAAAUGCAUGACUAUUUUGUCUUUAUUGCCUACUUGAGCACCUGUUGCAUGGAAGGAGUGUGCUUUUGGGCUAUAGCCAACGGUCUGGGCGCACACACGGACACACUCACGAGCUACGAAAUUGGGGUUCAAUACCAGCUCUUCAUCAGCACCUACGUAACGUGGACCACGGGAACCGUAUGCUGCAAAUUCUCCAUGCUCGCCCUCUACACCUCUCUCUUCCCUUCGAAACGGUUCCGGUAUGCAGUCUGGGUCAUGUACGGCGCUGUAUUCGUCUACUACGUCUUCUUCCUAUCGUUCUUCAUGACCCAAUGUCAUCCAAUCUCCUAUGGCUGGAAUCCUGUGCCGGGCGGGUACUGCAAGUCCGUAAUGUUGGAGGAGAUCCUCUCAAUCGCCUUGAACAUGGGUCUUGAUACUGUAAUUGCGCUCCUCCCGAUGCCACUGCUCUGGAAGGUACAAAUGCCUUUCAGGAACAAACUGACUAUUAGCGUCAUGUUCGCCAUGGGUCUCUUUGUUGUCGGAGUCAUGGCCUGGCGUAUGGCCAUCACGCUCAUGCCUUCGACCCAGACUGACUUUGUGCACGGUCUGUACCUCGUCGGACUAGUUAGUUUUAUGGAACUCUGGUUCAGCAUGAUCAUCGUCUCGCUGCCGACAGUGGCGCCUUUAUUCCGGCGCUACGUCGAGCCGUUCUACAAGACGCUCACUGGGCGGUCAAACUCCAAUACCAAUCCACGACGGCUAAAGGAAGCUCAACACACGAUAGGCAGUGAGCCCGGACAGGCGAAGCGUUCGAAGAGCUGGCAGCUCGAAGACGGGUAUUUGGAAUUGGAUGACACGGAGUCGGGGUCGAAGGGGCAUGCGGAGGCGUGGAGUGGAAUGUCUCGGGCCUCGUUGAUUGAUGCGAGUGAAAAUACCCCCUCGCAUGCUAUUACAAAAUGA